ACAAACUCACAUGUGUAAAGAGAACCUCUGAAUCUCAUUAUAUAAUAUUGUAUUAUAUAUUGUGGAUUUGUGGUUUAACGUUUUGACACUUAAUUUUAAAUUAACGUCAUAAACGCGUUACGAAUAAUUCAAGUUUUGUCUUCAACUGUAUUAUUUAUGAUCUCAAAACUUAAUCUCCGUUGCCUAUUAAACAGCUACAGAAGCUUCACUUUUGUUAAAGCAACGUCAGCAACUGCGUCACGUCCUGGAAGUCACCUUUGCAGGACUAUAAAUCGUUGUUCCGCGACCGACCAAAGGAGUAUGGCGACACUGACGGAAGUCGUCUCAACAUUGAAGAAGAUGGCACCGUUGUCUCUGGCUGAGUCUUGGGACAAUGUUGGUUUAUUGGUGGAACCGGAAGUCCGAAAACCCGUCGGCCGCGUUUUCCUUACCAACGAUCUAACCGAGGAUGUGCUUGAAGAAGCCGUGAGUGUCGACACCGAUCUCAUCAUUUCCUAUCAUCCACCAGUGUUCGCUCCGUUCAAAAGAAUUACUUCGGACGCCUGGAAGAGUCGUAUCGUUAGUCGAUGUCUUAGUCGAGGAAUUGCCAUUUAUUCCCCUCAUACUUCGUGGGACGCUGUGGAAAAUGGCUUAACUGAUUGGUUGAUAAGUUGUUUUGAUGGUACAGUGUCUACAAUACAACCGCUAAACAUAAAUCCAGAAUUUAGCCAUGUUGUAACUCUAUCGGCGUCACUGAGCGAUAAUACUCCAUUAAGUGGAAUAGAAAUCAAAGCUAUUGUGGAAUCAUCAGACUUUCAAGCCGACAAACAUUUCAAAGUUGUACACUACAAUAAUUCUCAACUUCAAGUGUUAUGCAACUCGAGUUCUUUAUUGACGCUAAAUAAAGUUGCCAAAUCUUCAAAAUGCAAUCUUUUUUUUUACGCAAACAAAAAUGAAUCGUUGCCGUCAUCUAAUAUGGGCGCCGGUCGUUAUUGUCAAUUUAGAAACGAGUUGACAAUCAAUGCUGCUAUUGAAAAGAUUAAAUGUCAUUUGGGUGUCGAUAAUUUAAUGAUAGCGUUAGCCAGAGGAUCGACAUUAGAAUCGACGAUCGACUCGGCCGCUGCCGUGGCCGGUUCGGGGGCGUCCGUGUUGCGCGGCGUUGACGCCGGUUUGUACUUGACCGGCGAGAUGUCUCACCACGAUGUGCUGGACGCCGUGCACAACAAGGUAACGGUUGUACUGGCCAAUCACAGCAACACCGAGCGAAACUACUUGAACGUGUUCGCCGGCCGACUAUUGGAGGAAAUGCCACAGUUGAACGUUCACGUUUCGAAAGUCGACCGAGACCCGUUGAUGUUCGUUUGAUAAUUAUGAUAAUAAAUGAAUUACCACGGUAUCGUGCACAAUA